CAGUAGAGUCUCGCUUAUCCAACGUAAACGGGCCGGCAGAAUGUUGGAUAAGCGAAUAUCUUGGAUAAUAAGGAGAGAUUAGGGGAAAGCCUAUUAAACAUUAAAUUAGGUUAUGAUUUUGUAAAUUAAGCACCAAAACAUCAUGUUAUACAACAAAUUUGACAGAAAAAGUAGUUCAAUACACAGUAAUGCUAUGUAGUAAUUACUAUAUUUACGAAUUUAGCACCAAAAGAUCAUGAUGUAUUGAAAACAUUGACUACAAAAAUGUGUUGGAUAAUCCAGAAUGUUGGAUAAGCGAGUGUUGGAUAAGUGAGACUCUCCUGUACAUUGAUUCCAUAGUGUAGAUGCACCCGUAGAUCGCCAUAAGUUAAAGACAACUUCAUAGCACAAGAAUGAUAGGCAAAAGGAAAACCAUAGCUGGUGUUAAGAGAGCAAUCAAGCUGAAAAAUAUUCUACACCAAACUGCAAUGAUUCCAAAAUUCCACAGGAUGGAGCUAUAGCAAUCGAAGUGGUAUCAAACUACUAUAAUUGCACAGUGUGGAUCCAUAGCUUGAUUGCUCUUGUUAGAAGCGAGAUGGCUAGUUUUUUGGGCGCAUCUUCAACAGUUUAAGUACAUUUGAAGGUCCAGCUGUAAAGGUAAAGGUAAAGGUUUCUCCUGCCGUUAAGUCCAGUCGUGUCCGACUCUGGGGGUUGGUGCUCAUCUCCAUUUCUAGGCCGAAGAACCAAAGUUGUCCAUAAACAUCUCCAAGUCAUGUGGCCGGCAUGACUGCAUGGAGCACCAUUACCUUCCCGUUGGAGCGGUACCUAUUGAUCUACUCACAUUUGCAUGUUUUCGAACGGCUAGGUUGGCAGAAGCUGGAGCUAACAGUGGGCACUCAUUCCGCUCCCCGGAUUCGAACCUGUGACCUUUCGGUCUGCAAGUUCAGCAGCUCAGCGCUUUAACACACUGCGCCAACUGUACAAUACCCAUAUCUGUGAAAGAGGCAUUUUUCGUGUAGAUACUUGAAACCAUGGAUAACUGAAAUGAAGGACUUCAGGCCCAGAAAUACUAUAAAGAUAUGCUGGAAGACCUUAACAAUACCCAGAAAAGACAUGUUUUGUGGAUAAAUGAAACCACAGAUACAGGGGUUUGCUAUAUUUAGAAGUAAGCCAUUGCUCCAUGCAGAAUUUUUGAGCAGCUCAUGCAUGAUUUUUUUUUUUUACCCAAAUCAAAAUACAUUUUUUAGAAAUAGAGUGAUACCACCCCAUUUUAAUAAUAUUGUUUCUGCUUACCUUUUGCAAUUAUUAUUGCAGGAUGUACUGAUACUUUGUCAGGAAAAAAGGUGCAGAGAAAUCUAUUGCUGUGAAUGAUGGCUUGAUUCAAUGGCCCUCUCUGCCAUUGUCCAUGGCAUGCCUGAACAACGGAAACCAUAAGAAGCGAAUGAAAAAAGCGAAGAUUUGGACUAGUAUCACCUCUACCUGUCCAAGACUCAGAGCUCUAAACUGACAAGGAAGAAAUAUUGCUGGCAUGGAUCUCCAUCAUUUCCUGACGGUCCGCCUUUUGCUCUUAUGGCUUCAGAAGGCUCGGAUCUGUGAUGGUGAAACCACAACUCAGAUCACAACUCUUCCUGAAACAACUACAGCAAGUUUCUCAACUACCAUGACCAUGAUAGGAACCAGUACUUUGGCAGAAGUGGCCACCACAACUCUAAGAGAAAAUAACAAUACUAUCAGUACCACCGUUGAAACCACAAGUUCAAUAGAGCCAUCUUCUCAUGUUCCGGACACAUCGAUUACCACGUCUGAAGAAACAUCAGUCACUCCAGAACCAGGAUACUUCUCCUCCCCUUCAGGUGAAACCACAAGUCUUUUAAGUCGGACUACAUCAACUCAACGUUCCCCAUACAUGGUGGAGACCACAGACGAAAUGACAAGCAUCCCUUUCACCAGAUUGCCAUCUGAAAUAACAACUGAUAUGACUAGUCCCAUUAGCACACCCGAGGAGUCGCUACUCACACCUACAACAGCACCGACAUCCGAUUCCUUUGCACCUCUUGAAACAACAACCACCACUGGCAUUUCAACAGAUGAGGAUACUACUAGUUCUUCAGCAGAAGUAGAUUCCAGAACUAUUGAAGAUACGACUCCUGCCACCAGCUCCUUCUUUACCAUCUCAUCCGUUGACACAUCAGCCUUCCAUAUCUCUACAGAUGUCACUUCAACAGCCCUCCAUUCAGUUACAUCACCACUUGAAGCAACAACUGCUGAAUCUCCAUCUACCUUGAGUCCCACUCCAGAACCCACUUCAUCUACCUUGAUUUCCACUCGGGAACCUACUUCACCUGCCUUGGACACCACUCCAGAAUUCAUUCCAUUUACUUUGAGCACCUCUCCAGAAACCACUUCAUCUACCUGGAUUCCCACUCCAGAAUCCUCUUCAUCUGCCUUGAGCACUACUUCAGAAUCCACUACAUCUACCUUGAUUCCCACUACAGAACCUACUUCAGCUCCAGAAACCACUCCAUCUACUUUGAUUCCCAUUCCAGAACCUACUUCACAUGCCUUGGACACCACUCCAGAAUUCACUCCAUCUACUUUGAGUACCUCUCUAGAAACCACUUCAUCUACCUGGAUUCCCACUCCAGAAUCAUCUUCAUCUACCUGGAUUCCCACUCCAGAAUCCUCUUCAUCUACCUUGAGCACUACUUCAGAACCCACUACAUCUACUUUGAUUCCCACUCCAGAACCUACUUCAGCUCCAGAAACCACUCCAUCUACUUUGAGCACCUCUCCAGAAACCACUCCAUCUACUUUGACUUCUCCAGAAACCACUUCAUCUACCUUGAGCACUACUUCAGAACCCACUACAUCUGCCUUGAUUCUCACUACAGAACCUACUUCAGCUCCAGAAACCACUCCAUCUACUUUGACUUCUCCAGAAACCACUUCAUUUACCUUGAGCACUACUUCAGAACCCACUACAUCUACUUUGAUUCCCACUCCAGAACCUACUUCAUCUCCAGAAACCACUCCAUCUACUUUGAGCACCUCUCCAGAAACCACUCUAUCUACUUUGACUUCUCUAGAAACCACUUCAUCUACCUUGAGCACUACUUCAGAACCCACUACAUCUGCCUUGAUUCCCACUACAGAACCUACUUCAGCUCCAGAAACCACUCCAUCUACUUUGAGCACCUCUCCAGAAACCACUUCAUCUACCUUGAGCACUACUUCAGAACCCACUACAUCUACCUGGAUUCCCACUCCAGAAUCUACUUCAUCUGCCUUGGACACUACUUCAGAACCCACUUCAUCUACCUUAACCACCAGUCCAGAACCUACUCCAUCCUCUUUGAGCACUAUGGCAGAUACAACCUCUGCCACCACCUCUGCCUCUGUCAGCUUAGCCGUUGAAACUCCAUCUACCUUCAGAACCACUGUAGAAUCUGGUUCAAUAGCCCUCACUUCCCUUACGACAGUUAAUGCCAGUCAUUUUUUUACCACCUCACCCCUUGGAACAACAUCUGUUUUUGCCAUCACCCCAGAGGUGACCCCAACAGCUCUCCAUUUACUUACAACAACCCUUGAAAAAAUAACUUCUACCAGCAUUUUUGAAGAUCAGAACACAACUAGGACCUCUAGAGAACCAGCUACCAGCAUUAUAGGAGAUACAGAUACUACUACCAAAGACCCUUUACCAACUUCCACGACUAUGUUGAUAAAAAUGGCAACUACUAUAGCCAAAUCCAGUGCCAGCAGAAUCACCACCAAAAUUUUGGAAAAAGUGACUUCCACCCCAGCAGAUGUGACAACUACCAUCACCACUAAAGUGACUGUCCCAGAAACCUGGACCUCACCAGCCAAAACACAAAGACCUCCAGCUACCACCUCAGAAAGUUCAGUAUUGCCACCUGCUAAUACCACGCUGGGUGGACUAGCAGUCACCACAAAAGUCCAAACCUCAUCAGGUACCACCACAUCCUGGCCAACCAGCCAACAGCCAUUGACACCUGACGUAGGGAGGGUCCGAUUCAUCUUGUCCAUGCGCCUGGCCACAUCCAUGAACAUCACGGACCCCGCCGUCAGAAACGCCAUUGUGAAGAAGUUUCGUCAAGAUUUGGAUGCCAGGUUUCCCGGUGCCGGCUUCAGGUUAAAAUGGGUAGAGUAACAGGAGGUUGAAUGGGAAAUCAUUGGAAGACUCACAACUUUCAGAAAUGAAGAUAGAAGGAAUCCAAAUGGGAGACAGAAGAAUAUUAAUAAUCAUUGUCAUCCAAGCAUCGGUUCUGAUACAAUGGUGUGCAACCAUUUUGGUCUCAAUCCAAGCAAUAUUCUAAUAUGGAAAUGGAUACGUUUCAUGCAGCAGGAAAAUAAAAUAUGGUAUAAACAAGUUUCUAUGCAGUUGGCAAUAUGGACUUUAACCAGGAAUAAGAUGAUUUCUUCAAACAAAUCUAUGAAGGGAAAGAUUAAUAAACUGAAAACCCCUA